AGCCGCCGCUGGGUAUUUGUGAAGGAAGGACUGGAUGAUUUCAGGAAGGGCUGCCCGCCUUGUGAAGAUGUGGUCAUUCGUGGCCCUAAUGAGGGCUUCCUCCCCACGAUUUCUCAUGGAGCUCCUCACCAUGACUCCAGGAAGGGAAAGGGCUACCUAGGCCCUCUGUCCCCACUAUCACUGUCUCAGCAAGCACAAAGGGACUUUGCGGAGAACACCGAAGCAAACUUGACCCAUCAUCCUUUGGAUCUCUGGCCCCAGGAGAAAGAUUUUUCUUCAGGUCACUUAUUAAACUUGUUGGAAGUGCUAGAUCCUGACCAGAAGUUGGAGGACAAAUGGGCUUAUUGUGAGGACCACAGAGAAUCGAUCAAGCUGCAGCCUAUGAAGGAGGAAUACCCUCAGAAACCGGUCGAGCAGGAUCCUCCCAAGUUUCCUGGGUCACUUCGUUAUGGUGUGCUUCACAAAAAAAAACCCAAAAAACAGAAAGACACUGAUUCUCUUUAUUACAGAUACAUGCCCAAAGGACUCCGUGGCUUCUGUGAAUGGGCUGAUACAUUUGGAGAAACCGGUAUUGACGAAGAAUACAUGAUGAAGGAAUUUGACAUUUUCUCUGAGUGGAAACCAAGCUAUGGGGACUCUGCCAUCAAGAAAAUCAGCCUGCUUCCUUCUGAGCUAAAGUAUUUCAGUAUGCGGAACAAAGUGAAGGAGAUCAGAUUCUCCAUGGAGGAGUCUAACUUCGAAAGGAAACUCGGAAAACCACAUGAUCCUUACAAGUCUACCAAGGAGAAGAUUAGAUAUGGAGCAUGGUACCUGAAGCCCAACCUGUGGAAAAAGCUAGUAAAUGAUGAGCCUUUGAUUGACCCCAAGGUGUUACUUGAGCUUGAAGGUGGACUUCCUGGUAAACCAGACAUCAUUGAAGAUCUUUAUGGAGCAAUUGCCUUUAAAGAUUUCAUCAUAAGCAAAGGCUACAGGAUGCCAGUUAUCCUUGAGAAGUUGUUUAAGAGGAAGGGAUGGGAUUAUGACACUGUUAACACUCCAAUACCAAGAGUAGUAAAAGCACAUGAACUGAUCAUGCAGAAAAGGGAUGAAGAUUAUGACGAUGGAAAUGCCUAA